AGAUUAUCGAAAUAUUCAAACGUCAUGAACACGGGACAGCUACAUGGUGAUGAGGCAGAGGCACGAGAUGCAGAACCAAGAAAUACGCACGUGGGAUUCGACAAAUCGACUGCGCCGCAAAAUCUCGGAGUUGAUUCCGUACCAGACACACGCAUCGAUGCCACCGCUGCCAUCUCCUACUGGUCAAGAUUGCCUGCGACAGAUGCAAGUGUUCUCGGUGGACAUCCGCAGAUAAGCAAUGCAGACCUGCGCGGAUCCUUCUUGUUUCUGGCCAAGCUCCUGCGACAAACACCGACAAUUUCCAGCGAUGAAGUAAGACCGCAACGAAGAUUCGUUGACUGUGGCGCAGGUAUCGGACGUGUCACCCGGGGGGUUCUAUGCAAAUUAGCAAGCACAAUCGAUAUUGUCGAGCCUGUCAAAGCAUUCACAGACCAAAUAAAGGGAGAAACAUAUGUUGGUGCAAUCUUCAAUGUCGGCCUCGAGCAAUGGAAUAUCGGCGACUUAGGAAUUUACAAUGUUGUUUGGAAUCAAUGGUGCCUCUGUCAAUUGACGGAUGCGCAAGUGGUGGACUAUUUGAUCCGGGUACAAGCUGCACUCGUCCCCAAAGGUUGGAUCGUGGUCAAGGAAAAUCUUGUGAGACACGAGGCGGAGGAAGAUGCUUACGACGACACCGACAACACCAUCACUCGGACGGAUCGAAAAUUUCGGAAUCUUUUCAAGCAGGCUAAACUUGAGGUGGUGCAUAGUGAGCUCCAGAGAGGUAUGCCUCCAGGCUUGUAUCGUAUCAUGAUGUAUGCAUUACAGCCAUCCGCGCAUGUAGAGGAGAUUGCAGCCCAACGGAGGAGUAAGCGGACCGCAGUCGCACAGCUUGCUACACAGUAAAACUAAUUUGCACUGCUUGUCAAACCGCACCCUGCAAACAAAACUUCAUCGGAGAAGGCGAAAUGAGGAAGAUCAUCCCCGAGCGGGCA